AUGGACUUUACAGGGUAAUUCAGACUUGAUGAGGAUUCUUUGAAUUUCAAUGUAUUUCAGACACCUGUAAAGGGCACUAUUAAAGGUAUAAAAUCUUAACACUUAUCUCAUGAAUUGAAUCAAUUAAUCCAUAUAUAAACGCGCACUAUUUUUGGCGCUUAUACUAUAAUUUGGUGGCAAAUUUAUAUAUUUUAGAUUUUGAAGACCCCUGCGAUUCUCAAGCUAAUACUAAUAAGAAAUUGUUUUAAAUGUUAAUUUAAUUCUCCAAAAUCAUUGAAAAAAUGGAGUCUGAAAUACAUAAGCAAGAGAGUGGAAAAGGAACUCCAAAAUCAUACUGUCGGAUACUCAGAAAUAUGCUAAAAGCUAACGGAUGAAAUGACAAAGGAAAUGGAAGGCCAUUAAGAUUAUGGAUUAAAAGAUGUCAAAAAUUUAAGGAGGAGAGUUUAUGAUGCUUUAAAUGUCAUGAUUUCCGUUGGAAUAGUAGUUAAGGAGAAGAAGUUGAUGAGAAAGAAUACAAAAAACUAAGUCAACAUAACAAAGUAGAAUUUGAUAAUUCGAAAAUAAAAAUUAAAGGAAUUAUUAUUAUAAAAGAAAGAAUAGUUAACAAACUCUAUAAAAAAGCAGGAGGCACUUCAAAACUUGAUUAGGUUUAAUAAAGAAAGAUAAAUCAAUGAAUAAGAAAAAAUUAAGUUUCCCUUUCUUUUGGUUAAGACUCAAUUGACAAAUUCAGAAGAAGAGGAAUUAAUCUUGGAAUCCCAUAAAUCUAUGGAUUACUUGAAAGUGUUGAGUAAGAAUAAAUUAUAGAUUUUUGGAAUCCUGGGUAUUGCCUAAUAAUUGUUUCAAAAUUAAUAAACUAAAAAUUGAAUAUUUUUAUUUUCUUUGAUUAUUUUAAUAAUAAAUAUGCUUAA